AUGGCGGCGGGGGGUCCCGUCCAGGAGCUGUGCGAGGAAGCCUCUUGCUCCGUCUGCCUGGACUUCUUCAGGGACCCGGUGAGCAUCGCCCAGUGCGGCCACAGUUUCUGCCGCGCCUGCCUGACCCGCAGCUGGGGGGCGUCUAGGGCCGAGGCUUCCUGCUGCCCCCAAUGCCGAGGGCGAGCGCAGGAGGGGAGCCUCCGGCCCAACCAGCAGCUGGCCAACUUUGUCCAAAUAGCCAAGAAACUCACUCUGCAGGAGGGAAAAGAAGCAGGUGGGAAGGGGGGCGUCUGCGAGAAGCACCAGGAGCCCCUGAAGCUUUUCUGCAAGGAGGACGAAGCCCCCCUCUGCGUGGUCUGCUCCAUAUCCAAGGAGCACAAAGCUCACGAAGUGGUUCCUCUGGAGGAGGCUUUCCAAGAAAACAGGGCAAUCGUGGCAGCCAGAAAAGAGAGAGUUUGCCAGAAGCACCAGGAACCACUGAAUCUCUUCUGCAAGGACGAUGAAGCCUUCAUCUGUGUGGCCUGUGACCGAUCCAAGGAUCACAAAAAUCACAAAACCCUUCUUCUUAAGGAGGCCUCCCAAGAGUACAAGGAUCAGUUCUGCAACUUCCUGGAGAUGCUGAAGAAGGAGAGAGAAAGAAUUGUGGCUUGUAAAGCAGAUAUAUCAAAGGAAAGCCAAGACUUGCUUAAGCAAACCACAGGAGAGAAGCAAGAAACGAUAGCCAAGUUCAGACAACUACACACGUUUCUGGAGGAAAAAGAGAAACUUUUUCUGGCUCAGAUGGAAGAGAUGGAGAAGGAGGUGGCAAAAACCAGGGAUCAGCACUUGGAUGAACUGUCAGAAAAACUCUCCUCUCUGGACAGCCUCAUCCGGGAGAUGGAGGAGAAGUGUCAGCAGUCGGUCAGUGAACUCCUGCAGGAUGCCAGAAGCACCUUGAAGAGGUAUGAAGAAAAGGAGGCAUUUGAGAAUCCAGUGACUUUUCCUCCUGCACUGAAGUGGUGCAUCUGGGACUUAUCCGAUCUAAACAAGGCCCUCAUGAAGCCAUUCAAAGCCGCUCUGGAUUCUGGAUUUCACCUGCAGAAAGCAAAUGUGACACUGGAUCCAGACACAGCCCAUCCCCAACUCAUCCUGUGUAAGGAUCGGAAAAGAGGAGAAAAAGGUCAAUCUCUGCCCAGCAAUCCUGAGAGAUUUGACCAAUAUGGUGCUGUGCUGGGCCGUGAGGGAUUCACAGCAGGCCGCCAUUUCUGGGAAGUCCUUGUGGGAAGCGAGGACGGCUGGUCUGUGGGGGUGGCCAGAAGGUCUGUGAGGAGGAAGGGAUACCUCAACUUCAGUCCCGAGGAAGGGUUCUGGGCUGUGGAGAAGUGGGGAGGCUGCUUCAGGCCUCAGAUAAAAGACAAUGCUUUUCCCUUGACCGGAGAGAUCAAGAGGAUCCGAGUGUGUCUGAACUAUGCUGGGGGCCGAGUGGCCUUUUUCGACGCUGACCGAGCAGCCCUGAUCUACGAGUUCUCUGGAGCCCCCUUCUCUGGAGAGACUCUCCUGCCCUUCUUUUGGGUUCUGCUUUCCACCCCCGGCCCUUUGCUUAGUAAGCAUUACCAGGAUCUGAUGGCGCAGCAGCAGCCGAGUCCUUUGCAGGGAGGGAAACUCCCCGUGGCCGCUUUGGCAAGCGAGGAAACGAAACUGAAGCGCUCUUCUUCCUUCUCUCCCUCCCGCUCAGCAGAGGCAGCCAUGGCGGCGGGGGGUCCCCUGAAGGAGCUGUGCGAGGAAGCCUCUUGCUCCCUCUGCCUGGACUUCUUCAGGGACCCCGUCAUGAUCCCCGAGUGCUGCCACAGUUUCUGCCGCGCCUGCCUGACCCGCAGCUGGGGGGCGUCGGGGGCGGAGGCUUCCUGCUGCCCCCAGUGCAGAGGGCGAGCGCAGGAGGGGACCCUCCGGCCCAACCAGCAGCUGGCCAACUUUGUGGAGAUAGCCAAAACAUUUACUCUUCAGAAGGGAAAAGAGGGAGGGGGGAAGGGGGCAGAGGGAAAGGGGGGCGUCUGCGAGAAGCACCAGGAGCCCCUGAGGUUUCUCUGCAGGGAGGACGUCGCCCUCCUCUGCGGGGUCUGCCGCAGAUCCGAGGAGCACCAAGAUCACCAGGUGGUCCCUCUGGAGGAGAAAAUAAAACCAACAUGGUUCUUUUGUUUUUGGCAUCAGACAAUCUCGGCAACUAGAAAGGAGAGAGUUUGCCAGAAGCACCAGGAGCCACUGAAGCUCUUCUGCAAGGACGAUGAAGCCCUCAUCUGUGCGGUCUGUGGCCAGUCCCAGGAGCACAAACAUCAUGAAAUCAUUCCUGUGGAGGAGGCUUCCCAAGAGUACAAGGAUCAGUUCUGCAAUUGUAUGGAGAUUCUGCGGAAGGAGAAGAAAAAAAUUCUGGCGUAUGAACCCAGCAUAGUGAAGGAAAGCCAGGACCUGCUUAAGCAAACCAAAGGAGAGCGGCAGGAGACAGUUACCAAGUUCAGGCAACUGCAUAAGUUUCUGGAUAAGCAGGAGAAGCUUGUGCUGGCCCAGAUGGAAGAACUGGAGAAGGAGGUGGCAGGAAACAGGGACCAGCACCUGGCCGAACUGUCUGAGGAACUCUCCUUUCUGGACAGCCUCAUCUGGGAGAUGGAGGAGAAGUGUCAGCAGCCAGCCAGUGAAUUCCUGCAGGAUGCCAGAAGCACCUUGCAGAGGUAUGAAGAUAAGGAGACAUUUGAGGAUCCAGUGGCUUUUGCACUGAAGUGGCGCGUCUGGGAUGUAAAUCCUCUUUUGGAUGGUAUCAAGAAGCAAUUCAAAGACACUCUGGAUUCUGGACUUCAAGUGCAGAAAGCAAAUGUGACUCUGGAUCCAGAUAUGGCCCAUCCCCAACUCGUCCUGUCUGAGGAUCGGAAAAGCGUGAGAUGGGGAGAAAAAGCUCAACUUCUGCCCAGCAAUCCUGAGAGAUUUCACAUAUAUGCUGCUGUUCUGGGCCGUGAGGGAUUCACAGCAGGCCGCCAUUUCUGGGAAGUCCUUGUGGGAAGUGAGGAAGAAUGGCGUGUGGGGGUGGCCAGAAAGUCUGUGGGGAGGAAGGGAGGGUUCAUGCUUGUUACUGAGGAAGGGAUCUGGGAGGUGGGGAAGUGGGGGGGCUGCUACAGGGCUGCCAUAACAGACCAAAUCCUUCCCCUGUCCCUGACCGGGGAGCCGAAGAGGAUCCGCGUCUGCCUGAACUACGCUGGGGGCCGAGUGGCCUUUUUCGACGCUGACCGAGGAUCCCUGAUCCAUGAGUUCUCUGGAGCCCCCUUCCGUGGAGAGACCCUCCUGCCCUUCUUUCGGGUGUGGGGAAAAGGCCACCUCAAUCUCUCUCCUUAA